UGUACCUCACACACUCAGCCUCUGCGCAUCAUUUAAGGAGAGCCCGGUUGUCUUCGCCGCCUGGCUUCUUAGAAACACCACAUCCGCCUUAGCGUUACUCCAGCACUUUUUCCUCCCAGUUUGUUCUUGUUUAUCUGAAGCCAGUCGUUCAACUUAAAAGCGACGCUCCAGCGUUGGAUGGAAUAUACGCUUGUGAGUGGCGCAUUUAUGCUCCCCUGACCGAGAAGAAGCGCACAGUGGAAAACGUUUUGAGGACUAAUGGAAACCAGCCGGGAUUCAUUGGCACACAGAGCAUCAUGAGAAUACUACAACUACCAACAAGGGAGGACCUGGCAUGGACCGCUGUGUCUAAAUGAAGUGGUUCAGCCAUGCAAUGUUCCUGGAAGGCAGUGAUUCUGCUGGCCUUGGCCUCCAUUGCCAUCCAGUACACGGCCAUCCGAACACUCACCUCCAAGCCUUUUCAGCUGUGCCCGUUGCCCAGCCCCCAAAACUGUGGCCUGGGGGGCCAGGAGACCGAACCUCCCUUUGAGCGGGGGACAGCAGGUGGUGGAGGCUGUGAUGACUACCCUUACUUUUCCAUCAAUGCCACACGAAAAACGCACAUAUUGGUCCUGGCCACCACACGUAGCGGAUCCUCCUUCGUUGGCCAGCUGCUCAACCAGCACCAAGAGGUUUUCUAUCUGUUUGAACCUCUUUAUCACGUUCAGACCACGCUGAUUCCACGUCUAUCGCACAGCCGCAAUGCUGCUGAUCGCCGUGUGAUGUUGGGGGCCAGUCGAGACCUUCUGCGUAGCCUGUACGGUUGUGACCUGUAUUUCUUAGAGAGCUAUAUCAAGCCAACACCUACGAACCACACCACAGACAAACUGUUCCGUCGUGGUGCCAGCCGCGCAUUGUGCCAGCAACCUGUAUGUGAUGCCUUUGGGCCCGCUGAUGUUAAUGUGGAGGAAGGGGACUGUGUUAAGAAAUGUGCAACCCUCAAUAUGACCUUAGCAACAGAGGCCUGCCGCGAGAAGCGGCAUGUCGCAAUCAAAAUUGUUCGAGUGCCGGAGAUUGGAGAUCUGCGUGCUUUGGUUGAAGAUCCACGUCUGAAUAUCAAAGUGAUUCAGCUCGUCAGAGACCCACGCGGUAUCCUGUCGUCACGGAUUGAGACAUUUAGGGAUACAUAUCGUCUGUGGCGUAUUUGGCGGGCCACAGGGAGAAGGCCCUAUAAUCUUGACUUGAGUCAGCUCACGGUUGUCUGUCAAGACUUUCUCAGCUCUGUUUCAACUGGUCUCAGCCAUCCUUACUGGCUGAAAGGGAAAUACAUGUUGGUUCGAUAUGAGGAUUUAGCGAAAAAUCCUCUUCUUAAGACAAAGGAGAUCUAUGACUAUCUGGGGCUGCCUAUGGAUAAAAAUGUGGAAGACUGGAUACAUGCAAACACUCGGGGCAGCAAUGAGCCUUCAGCAAAACACAAGUUUGGUACGGUGAGGGACUCAGCAGCUAAUGCAGAGAGCUGGCGCUUAAAACUAUCUUUUGAUAUGGUGGAAUACACACAGACUGUGUGUCAAAAAGUACUUCACCAGCUUGGAUACAAGGCUGUGAAAUCAGUGGAGGAACUGAAAAAUAUGUCCCUCUCACUGGUACAGGACAAAACUUUUGUACCAUUUUUGUAACAAAGAUAGUUCUCUAAUGACUAUUUUUGAUAUAUUUAUAAUUGUUGCCUUAUAAGGUCCUUUGUUUGUUUGAUUUCUGUAUUUUUGUUUCCUCAAAUUUGCACUAAACUUUAAAGAUUUUGAAUGCACCAAUGGAAUUAUGGAUGACUCCCCAAUGUUACAAACAGCACAUUUUAAAUACAAAGUAAUCAAACAAGCUAGUUUACAAAUGUCCCAUGAUUUAGUUUUGUCCAUCAGUAGAAUCCAGACGGUACCGUCUUCAUCAGCUGUCUGUAUGCAAGUUGAUGUUGUUUUGAGAAAAGUAAGAUGUUCCUUGACAAAAAAAGAGAAAAAAAGAGAGCAAGAGACAUUUUUUUAGCCCUGUGAUGGCAAAAGAUUGACUGUACAAAUCCUACUGUGCAAUAAAUGGUGAAUGUCGCAGUCAACCUUUACCACUAUGGCAUUUCUAUCCAUGUGGGAAGAGAAGAGAUACUUCUGACAGAUGCCACGCUUUCAAAGGAUAAUUGCAGACAAUUAAUAGGCUCUCAAGUUAAAGGGACCAGAAUCCCAUUGGAGGUCACGAGCGUUUCAUCAGAGGAUUUACAACCAUCUGCGAUACACAAACACACACUAAUAAAAGGUAAUGCUGAAAUCUUCAUUACUGUAAGAGAAUAUGUGCUAAUUCUCAAGAACAUUAAAAAAAACGCAGACUUUAUGUAGAGACUGGAGCAUUCUUAUGAAGAACCAUUGUUUUCCCCAGUUUUAUUUAUCAAUUUAUUUAUGUUUUAAUAUGUCGAGUCAAUUGAAUCUGAAUUGUUUGCAGUGUGAAAUUUUACACAGCCUGUUCUGUCUUUAAUUAAAUUGUUUAUGGCACUGUU